UACAAAUCAACGUAGAUACAAACAUAAACCUAAAACAUAAUGAUAUUUCCAACUUAUAACAAAUCAUUUCAACGUAUGGCUAAUAGAUUUGGACAAUGACUGUAAAUAAUAGCGAAAUAAAUGUUUAUUUCCACAUGAAAAACCAUUACCGGAAACUGAACAAAGUACGUAGUAAAAUAGACUCUUCUCCUCCAAAAGUUUUCAGAAAGAAUCUGGAAUCUUCAAGUCCAACGGAAAAAGCUUUGAAUAAAGCGAACGUGCAAGGCGAAGAGCUUUUUCGCGGAAGAAAUAUUUGUUCAUUGGCUGGUCAACGGUGCAAUAUUAAAGGGCGCAUUUUGUCACAUACCUGUGUAAAUAAACGAAGCCCCACGAAGUCAACAAAUGUUCUACCACGAUCCUCGAGUGUACCACCAAGAAUGCAGAAUAAGCCCAGUCCUUAUGAGAUUCCCACUAAAUUGCGGAAGACAAAAUCUCAAUCAAUGCAGGGUAAAUCGACUCACAGAGAUGAUUCGCGACGGGGCGUUACUAGAUCAAAACACACAAAACAGACAAGACGUUACUCGAAUAUCCCCUUACUGCAGCAAAACAUAGAUAAGGAUGUACCUGUUAAUAGUAGAGGAGAAGACAAUGAAGGCAGUACUUCGAGAACACAAACUACAGAUAGUAGCAGAAGUAGCAUGGUAACGUCUUCUAAUAAUUCAAGGAAGACUGGCAGAAGCUCAAGAUCUAAGACAGACGAACAUGAAUAUCUUCAGUUUUUGUUGCGCAUUACCGAAGACGUAAUCAUGAACAACUAUUUUAAGAAUGAAGACAUUCAACGGGUGUUUAAAGGUCACAUUGAAGCUAACAGAGAUCGGUUACAAAUGGAGAAGAUGGAGCUCCAGCUGGCAAGAUUAGCUAAAGAAUUACAUAUUCCCUACACACCAACCAUUCAAAACGUAUCUGAACAUGAAACAACGGAGAGUCCAAAACUGUCCAAUAGUCCUAUAAAUACAGAAAGUCUAGAUUGUGAAUGUACCACAAAGCGUACUUUACAGAUCGUCAAUUUUACAAAUAGGCAUCUACCAUUUGAAGAUAACAAUUUCUCCAACAACUUAGAGAACAUCCUGGUGAACAGGCAUAGUUUGGGUAGAGUAACUGAAUGUACUGAGCCUACAAAUUCCUUGGAUACAAUUUACAAUGCAAACAGGUUUUCUGCAACGACGGUCGCCUCAAGCGCUGACAGUUUAGGGGCUUUCAACGAACAGAAUGCAAAUGAUGCAAGUGAAAAUAUUGACGGAAGUUAUAAUGACGGCUCUUCACUUACCGAUAAAGAGAAAAUAGGUUCAAUUGAAGAAGAUAUACUAUUCAAUAAAUUGCAUUCACGCAGUCUUCCUUUGAUGUCAGACAAAAAUUCUUCAGAUAUAAAUAGAAUCGUGCUUUCAAAAGUUGGCACGCUUACGCAGACGGUGAACAUUGAUGAUACAGACAGUUUAACACGAUCUGAUAUGUCCAACAAAACUGUCAUAUCUCGAGAUUCUUUGACAACUGAGGCUAUUUCUCCAAAAAAUAUUGAUAAUACACCGUUAGAAGAAAAGAGCACAAGCAUUGAAUCAGCUAAGGAUGAUCAAGUGUUCAUGGGACUUGUGUACACAAGUGUCUUAAGAUAGACCCACAAAAAGGAAUCUAAACUGUUGAGGUCUGUAAUUACGAACCGCUACACUGAAAUACGCUGGUGCACCAACAUGCAUGUACCACAUAUGGCUUCUUACUACUAACAGAAGGUCACCAAGCAGCAAAGGCAACUGUUGUUGAAAAAAAUUGAGAUAAUUUUAAGACCCACGUGGUAACGCUUCGUAAUUCAGAAGAUAGUACUUCAUUAGAAAGUGAUAGGAAGCAAGUGCAUGAAGUAAUUCAUCAAAACGUAGAAAAGUGUACUCAAAUUAUGAUUGAACAUCUGGAAAAAGAAUGCAACACAAACAAAGACGUUAGAAUCAUAGAAAAAGAUAAUGACUAUGUACUGAUCGACAAACCGAUCUACGUGCUUCGUAAUAUUGUAGAAUCAAAGGAAGGUCUUCUUUACUUUACAGAACAGCCUACUCCUAAGGAAGACAUAAUCGAAGAACAAGAAGUAAAACAUCCGGUGGAAGCAAAAGAAGAAGAUAGUAAAACAGAGGUAUUCUCAAACGCCUCCGACACUGAAAUCUGCAUGAAAAAAGCAAAUCUAUCAGAAUAUUCCAUGAAAACAGAAUCGAUAGAAAAAGACUCUUUGUAUAACAAUUAUUCGAGGCUACUUAAUUCAGACUACGACUUGACGCCUCAACGAGAUAGCGAUGUGGACAAUAAGUACCACUACCUGAUGUUGGAUGCUACUACAAGCAUAUCAAACGUCAAUUUGCCCACCAGAAGCGAUCUUCUGCUAACUGACAACUAUGCCAUACGUUCAGUUACUGUGACAAAUAGUUCUGUUGGCGAGUCUCCUACUCGCCAGAGCUUCAUGGACGAUCUCUGCUAUUACGGGAACCACGACCGCACGAGCCGCUUGGCGGCGUCUUUGAGGACCGUGGCAGUGACUCACGUUCUAGAUCGACGCGAAGUGACCUCCAAUCUUCUUGAUGUCGCUGUGUGGAUCACCAGACCUUUCUCGAAGCAGCAAUGGUGACUAUAUAUAACUCGGCGACCGGGAGAUGAAGGGGAGUACAGAUUACACCAGAGUAGAGCAGAGUGGAGUGUCCAGUCAGUGGCGCGACAUAAGAAUUAGUUAGACAUAAAUAGUGGUGUACAUAAAUGUUCUACCUAGUCGAGUAAAAU